UUACGAAACCAAGAGCUUUGCGCCUUCUCGACAUGUACAACGCAAAAGAGUUUGCAGAUGUGAAAAACAGCAAUAGCUUCAAAAUAAGAGAACUUACAAAGGUGUCCUACAUUAUAGGCAUAAACUAUGGCACGGAAACGUCAUUGAAAAGAUUUCUUCGAGUGCUUAAUCUGUUCCUUAUCAUCAUUUGUGGCAUUUCAUUGUAUCCCCGAUGGUUGAUGCUGGAAAGGGCUGAUGGCAAUGUACCGCUUAUUGCAGAGACCAUCACUACCAUGUUACAAACAACUACAACUAUGGUCAAAAUGACAUUUUACCUGUUCAUGCAAGGUCAGUGUCGUGCAUUGCUUAAGAAGGCUGAAGACUAUGAACUACUUCAAGGAAUUAAAAUCUUCGAGACUGAUAUGGACAUCAAAGCUGAGUUGAAAGCGGAGAUUAAUGCAAUUAUGGCAACUAUAUGGAAGGAAACAAGGCGACAGCUUUUAAGCUGUCUCAUAACUUGUUCGUGUAUUCUUAGCAACUAUUUCCUCUACGCCUUCUUCACUAACUUGUAUCAUCAAAUAAAGAGGACGCCGAACUAUGUGCACAUAUUACCUUUCACUGGUUACCCCAUGUUUCUGGAGAAAGGCAUGGCCUCGCCUUAUUAUGCAGUGGAAAUGUUCAUCGGCGGCGGUGCACUUCUCACCAGUGGCAUGUGUUCCGUCAGCUUUCAUUGCAUUUUUAUGAUCCUCAGCAAACAUGCUUGCGGACUAGUUAGGGUGCUUUGCGCUAUGCUGCUACAAUCCACUUCACCCGAAGUGCCAGCACAUCGACGUGAAGAAUAUUUGCGUUACUGCGUUAUCCAACAUCAACAGACUUUGCGGUUUAUAAAUGACAUCAAUGAGCUCUUUAGGCACAUUACCCUUUCACAUUUCCUUCAUAGUUUGGCGAUUUAUGGACUUGUGCUUUUUGAAAUGAAUUUUGGGCUAGAAACAAAUAAAACAACAUUUGUUCGCAUGGUUAUGUACAUUGGAGCUGCCCUCACCGUCGAUUCCAUGUAUUACGUGAAUGGACAACUUUUGGCCACAGAGUUGGAAAAGAUUCCCUUUGUUUGCUACAGCUGCGAUUGGUUUAAUGAAUCAAAGGAUUUCAAGAAAACAUUGAUCAUGAUAAUUAUGCGUUCCAAUAAUGAUUUCCAAUUUCAAAUCUCCUGGUUCGGUGUUAUGUCCUUGACCACAUUAAUGGGUAUAUUAAAAGCCAGCUUUUCAUAUUUCUUGAUUCUUCGCGAUAUGACGGAUGAAGUAAACUAAGACUGCAAUCAAUAACGAAAUUAUUUCUCUAGCACAGCACAUGUGAAGCAGUUUUUAGAAUGCUUUAAGUAAUAAAUCACUUGCAACGAAA